GGAAGGGAACAGCCAGCCUUAUCGUGCACCUUGACAGACACACGCACUCAACACUCAACAAAAUGGUGUUUAAGGGAAUGUUGGUCGUGUUAGCAGCAUUGGUCGCCGCCAGCCAUGCCUCAGAGACCAAGCAGCUGCCAGCAGAGGUCGGAGAGGAGGACCCACGUCUGGUCUUCUCAGUCACUAACCCCAACCAAUCAGUGGUGGUGGCCAACUCAGGGAUGGUGAUAGUGGGUCUUCUUGUCCUGAUGACUGUGUUGGCCAUCGUCGCUGUCAGUAUAGGGGCGCGAGGGAGACAGGAGACUAGUAGCUAUCAUGAGCCCAUAACUUACGGCGCCGCCCCCGCCUACCAGGAGGAGAGUACCUACGCCAUUCACCGCUCUCUGGACGACGCUGCCAACAAGUUCCAAUCAUAACUAUACUGUAGGUCGACCAGUCUAUAUAACAGCUGAUUCUCCUGCCAUGAAAGCUGCCCAGGCUACAGAAACAGACACAUACUCACAUACACACUCUGACGCUCUGACACACACACACACAGACGCCCUGACACACGCACUCUGACGCCCUGACACACACACUCUGACGCGCUGACAC